CCUUGAACCAUUAAACAAAUCACUCAAAUAGCAGCAGAGAUUCAGAGAGGGAUUGGAGAGAUGGGUGAUUACCAGUUUCUUAUGCUAAAGGACGCCAUUACUUGCAUUAACCAGAAAGUUAACCUAUUUGCCGUCAUUCUUGACUUCACUCUGCCCCAGCGAACCAAAGGCACCGAUUAUUUUUGUAAGCUAAAAGUAAUUGACGAGUCACAUUCCGAGUUCUGGGUUCCUGUGCAUGUAUUUGCUCAAGAAAUCGACGGUCUUCCUCUUGUUGCAUCUGUUGGAGAUAUUAUUCAACUUUCACGUGUCACGAUGACAGUUCAUGAAGGAGAUGUAUAUGCUAUAUUCAACAACAAGUUUUCUUCAUUUGCUUUAUAUGAUGGGAAAGAUGGUGAUAAUUUCCAUCCUUAUAAAGUUUCUUUAAGAUUUCAUGAGAGAGAACAUGAUGAAAAGAUAAUAGCAAGCAUGAGAAAAUGGUUAGCAAGUUCAGAGGUCAUUGACGUGCCAAAUUUCUCAUUGUUGAGGGAGAUAGACCGAGUGGUUUGUGUAAAUUUAGCUUGCAAGGUACUUCAUAUAAGCAAAACUACUAAUGAUAAGUGGAUGGUCUUUCUUUGGGAUGGAACGGAUGCUCCACCUAUCAGUAUUUAUAACAAGCUGGAAGAUGAACUGCACAAUCCACUUCCUCUACAUUUCGAGCCUCUGCCUCCAUCAAGAGAUGUGCUAUGUACAUUUCCUACUGUUGGAACUAUCCUAAGAGUGAUCCUUGAUGUAGACUGCGUAACAUAUAUACUUCAGCUGCUAAAAGUUGAUCAAUGGAUGAAAUUUUUUCAUGUAUUCUGCAAAAUGCAUGACGGAUUAUGGUAUGGUGUGUUCACAUCAUCUUCAAUGAUCCGAGAUAUGCCAAAUGAUGAUAUUCUCAUAUUUGAGCGUCAGAGCAAUUGUGAUCAACGAUCACUGGGUGAACUAGAUCGGAUGCCAUACUGGAGCUGUCCAUGGCCAUCAAAAAUCACAGAGGUUAAACGCAUUGAUGUACCAUUUUCUACAUUGAUGGAUGUUCUCACUUGUAAAAAGGAAACAAAUAAUUUCAGGUGUGUAGUACGAUUUGUUGCUGUAAUUCCAUGGCGAGUUGAGGAUUUCCGCGCUCCUUGUGGAGCUUAUAGGGUUAGGUUUACCCUAGAGGAUCCAACUGCCCGAAUCCAUGCUUAUGCUCAUGCUGAAAAUGGGGAGGAAUUUUUCAAUUGUUCGUCCACUGAUGCACUGAAACGGAAGGUAAUUAAAUUGCUUGGAGUACCUGUAAGUAGAGAUGGGGAGGCGAUAAUGGGUGGUGCUAGAAAUCCGCCAUGGGUGCAGUGUUACUUGAAAUCUAAUCCCAUCAAACAGCGCCAUUGGAUAUUUGAAACCAAGCUUCUUGGUUAACCAGUUUGACUUUACUUGUAUGGUAUGUAAUGUAUUUAGGUAGGUUCGGUUAAGCUGGCUAUAAUUGACGCCAAGUUACUAGGUAUCACCGGGGAUUACUUCAAUAUUAUACCUCUUUUUUACCUAUUAUUCUA